CACAUACAGGAAGUGGAGGAGUUUGACGUUAACGAGAGGAAAAUGUGGCGCACGAAGUUUGCAGCUGUGGACGAGAAGCUAUGAAAUCUGAGCGGAUCGCCAUUGAUUUCUCUCAGGAUCAAAGUUGUAGAACUACACUGUAGGACACAAUGUCCUUAUCAGGAGUCACUCUUCAGAUUUUGCUUCUUACAGUCAUGGUUUUCACUGUGUCAGGGGUCCAGAAGCUGACCAUCACCCCUGACAGAGGAACCAACUUCAACAUCAGAAGCAGUAGUCAGCCCAAAGGUUGCAACGUGUGCACCGGAGCAGGACGCUCACGACGAUGUAAUACAUCCCUUCUGCUAAGAGACAACACUCCUGUCUCACUGGAGUUUGAAUGCUCCAGACCUCAGGAUGUAUUCAGUGUGGAAAUUGUGCGAAAUAUAGAAUGUACCACAAAGUCAUGCAACAGCCACAUCAUCCAGGCUGACUCGGGCUCGCUUCCGUUACUGGAUUUUGACCGCAAGUUCACCUGGAACCUGAAGGCCUCGGCGCCGAAAGCAUUCAACAUAGACUUCAGCAAUACGGGUCUAAGACAGAUUAAUCCAUCUGAGAGAUGUCCAGACAGACACAGCUACACCCUCCAGGCCUUCCAGACUACGGGGAAUGUGGCCGUAGGGAAAUACUGCAGAACGGGAACUAUCCGUAGUGCCCAGAUACUGAAUCAAGGUAGCUUUUCUGUGGAUGUCCCAGCUGGACAGAAACUCCAAAGUGGCCAGUUUGACGUGUCUGUUGGGGAGGAAAUCAAAUCCCUUGCCAAAAUUACACUGACGUUACCAAAAGGGGCCUCAUCGUCGGAGUUGCUCUCUCCAAACUACCCGGAUAGUUUUCCUGACGACGGCGUGAUGGAGUGGUACUUUCAGGUGCCGGAGAAGCACAAGACAGCUGUUCAGCUCUUACAGCUCAUACAGCCGCGAUGUCUGAAGAAGGACACCGCAGUGGAGUACCAAAGCAAAGGGAGAGUGGCGUCGGUGCUGAGGCUGACAGACCGCCAGCCGGAGCAGAGUCAGGGAAACUUCUCCCUGAUGCUGAGGAACUGUGAGAUGGACAGAAGACGUGCUGCUUCCCCUGGACUGUCCCUGACCCUUAAGGUGUCUUCAAGUGAAAGUUCACCAGUGUUGUGUAAAGUGGAUGUGAGCAAAAUGGAGGGCCUUUCUCUUCACAUCGAGAAGCUGAGACCGGCCUCUUACUGCGAGAUGAAAAUAAACUCCGUGCUGAAAGAGAAGAUUACAGUCACAUCACACAGUGACCUGACGUUCCAGGACUGCCUUCCUGAAGACGUACAAGUCACCGCCGUGGGAGUGAUGGAGUGUAGUCAACUCAAAGAGUGCCCGAAGACUCCGGCCCGUCUGUCGUUGCCUCUGCUGCCGACCUGCCUCCCUGCCAAUCUGAGCAGUGUGACCUGGGCUCUCCGCCCUCCUCAGCACGGCACCGUGGAGCUGACCUCUCCCACUGGGCCCCUCAAGCAGUCCGUACCGGGGCAGCCGUGCAAUGACAGCAUCAUUAUCAAAGUGACUGAAGACGGUGGCACUACUGUUGGACACUUCUGCACUCAGGGAUCAAUACAGAUGGUCCAAAUCCACACCAAUGUGUCUGUCACUGUGUCCGGCAUAGGGGGUGAAGCACUGAGGACGUCUGGCAAGGACGUGCUGAAUGCCAGGUUGAAAGAGGAGAUAUCAGAAAGUUACAUAUUCACCGUGUCUCCAAAGAGAGACACUCCUGUCCUUUUGGCUACUCCCGGUUGGCCAGUAGGAAUGAGGUCGGACUCCACCGUCUCCUGGAUCGUCUCUGUUCCGGAGAGGAUGGACGCUCACCUGGUGUUUACCAACCUCCGGCAGCCCAAGUGCAGCAGCAGCCACACCGACAUCAGGGUGCAGAGAGUCGGCCGCCGGGAGGAGGACUACAGCCGCAGGGAGGAUGAAGAGGCCGAGAGUGAGAUCACCGUCUCCGAUAGCUUCUACCUCAACAUGUCCAACUGCAUGCCUGAACGAGGGGAGUUCAGCGUCAUCACAGAGAUCACCUGCAGAAGAAAGAACUUUCUGCUGACUAUCAUCCUGAGUGCGGUGGCUGCUCUGGUGGUCAUUUUUGUCAUCGUGCUGGCAGUGGUCUGUGUGGUGAUUAGGAAGAAGAAGAAGGAGCUGACCCAUCAAGUGUCCAUAUACAAUCCAAACGGCUCCGGCUUCCUGCCAGGACACAACGGCUUCCCAAAAACACGCGAGGACAAUGAGUCGCAUGUGUACGCUUCCAUUGAGGACACGCUGGUCUACACACACCUGCUGAGAAAGGGGGUAGAGAUCGGCAUCUACGGAGAGUUUGACACAUCCCGGCCUUUCACAGGGCACACAGACUCACAAAAGCCACUGAUCUCUGAAGAUGCAGGUGUGGCCGACGUGCAAGUCGGGCCUAACCAGCAGUUUCGGGACUCCUCUAUAGAGGCUCCUCCGCUUCCCGAAAGGCCUCCGAGCCAUGGCCAACAGCUGAUGGACAAUGAGAUUUACCAGACUGAGGACCAACAUGGAGAGGAACGUUGUCUGGAUCUGGGGCUGCGGCUGGAGCCAGAGGGAGGGAACUGAGCACCAAUGUGGAUUCAGCUUUCUGCUUUUCUUUUGACCUACUGAUGUUCAUCCUUCCCAGAAGCCUUUGUUUUUUCUCUUGAGUGUUGUUUUGCACCGAAGCCAGGUACACAAGAUAACCCUCUUUUAACCUGCCUGCAGCUGUUACCUUGUUUAAUCUCAGAUGAAGAAAGGCACAUUUGGAAAGCAGCUCAUAAUAAUCCUCUUUAUACCAACGUUUUGCUGCUACAAAGAGAUCUCGUGUUGCUUGUAGGCAAUUCAUAUUUUUCAUUUGAGACAUUUUGUACAUAUUAAGGCUGUUUACACAGGAGCAAACCUGCUGUUUACAUGCUGAGAUUUCCAUGUUUUAUCGGUAGACCGGUGAGCAGAGAGGACUCCACUGCUGUUCCAAUAUAAAGCACUUUUAUAGCAUCAUCAAAACAUGAUUGCGUGUAUUGCAGGAGAUUGCAGCAGCAUUGUAUGUGCAUCCAGUAUCAUCUUUCUGUUUUUUAUGAUCGCUAUAGCACCUGCUGUGAGGAAUUCUACAUACAGCAUCAUUACACCAUAACUGUGCCUUACAGAGAUGUCCUGUCGGCACACGACAGUCCUGCUAAUACAAUUUAGGAUCUUAAGAGUUGUUUUCAGCAAUAUUUUGGCCCAGGGAUGAAUUAAAAAAAUGGGUGCUUUUGUUCUUUUUUGGACCCAUACACAUGGGAAUCUCAAGACUGGUCUGCUGCUGGCUAAGUGAACUGUUUCUCUGCUCAUACAGAGACUUUUUUGUUUUCUAAUUGUGUCUCAUGAAACACAGACCCCUGUGGGGGUCUGCUGGACUAUAAUGACAUGAACUAAAACGCUUAUAAACUCUUUGCAGUUUGCAGUCUGUGAGCCAAAAGUUACAUUUCACAAAGACAUUUCAGUAUCUAUUUUGGUUGACUGAAUUUUGUUAUUAAUUACAGGGAGCUUUUAAAAAGAAGACUGUAGGAGAUGUAUAAGUUAACGUAAGUGCGAUGACUACUCAAGACCCUUUCAUGUGCUGUUGUGAAGACUGUUGGGUAUGGAGCAACAAACUGAUCUAGAAUGUACUGGUAUAGACCUAAUAAGUAAUAAGUAAGUCCUUACUAAGUCCACAUUUUUAAAAAUUGAACACGUCCAUUCACUGGGAUAAAAAUAAAAUUACACAAGUUAUUAAAGUUUUUAGAUGACCAGAAAGAUCCCAGAAUAUUGACUUUUAUCAUUUGAGGAAAAAUUGGGUUUUACAAUCAAACUCAUGAAAAAGACUGAAAAAUUGUGUGUUGUCUUGUCUUGUAAAGGCUUGUUGCCUCAUGCGUUUCAGAGAAUGUACUGCAGAGGGAGACAAAGUUCAAAGUCCAUUCUCAUUCCUGAGGAAAUAAAGUGUCCUUUUGCUUACUACAAAACUGUGCAAGAUUUCUGUGAAUGUGAAUUAAAAGCCAUGUAAAAUAUGAA